GAAGACUAGCGAGUGCAGAAACCAUAACAAACCUAGUUUAUAGGAGUAACCGUCAAGAGUAAACACUUUAAUGCAAGAUGAGUAGGGGAUGCAUUGAAAUAGAGCGCAAAAUCCUGCGUCUCCUGCACGGCCACACCACGCGCACCCACCUCACCGAAAUCCACGCGCAAUUCCUCCGCCACAACCUCCACCACUCCAACCAGAUCCUCUCCCACUUCGUCCUCGUCUGCGCCUCCCUCAACAACAUGCCCUACGCGCAGCGCGUCUUCAUCCAGGCGCGUUGCCCCAGCAUCCUCCUCUUCAAUGCCAUGAUCAAGGGGUAUUCCCUACGCGCACCGUUUCAACACUCGUUCCACCUCUUCUCCCUCAUGAGGUCACGCGCCAUGGUCCCCGACGAGUACACUUACGCGCCGCUCCUCAAGGCCGCAUCCAACCUCCGUGACUAUUUCCUCGGUCGGUGCAUUCAUGCGCAGGUUGAGGCGCUUGGGUUUGCACGUCAUGGAUCUGUUCGUGUUGGGAUGGUAGAACUGUAUGCGAAUUGUCGUAAAAUGGAGGACGCUGAGAAGUUGUUUGAUGAAAUGCGCCACAGGGAUGUUGUCGUUUGGAACCUGAUGGUUCGCGGGUUCUGCGAGGCUGGUGACUUGGAUAAGGGGUUGAAGCUUUUUUGGCAGAUGAAGGAACGCAGCAUUGUUUCGUGGAACCUCAUGAUCGCUUCGAUGGCACAGGGGAAGAAAGAUGAGGAAGCUCUUGAGCUAUUUCGGAAGAUGUUGGACGAGGGACUUGAGCCGGAUGAUGCUACAUUGGUGGCUGUGCUGCCGGUUAGUGCUAGAAUGGGAGCAAUGGAUGUUGGGGAAUGGAUACAUUCUUAUGCAAAUGACAAGGGAUUCCUUAAAAAUGUGGUUGCUGUGGGAAAUUCGCUUGCGGAUUUUUAUUGCAAGUGUGGUAAUCUAAGUGCUGCGUGGAGCAUUUUCAAUGGGAUGACUAAGAAGAACGUAGUUUCUUGGAACGUUAUGAUAUCCGGUUUGGCUUAUAAUGGAGAGGGUGAAGCAGGGGUUGGCCUGUUUGAUGAAAUGGGAGGAGAAGGAGUGGCCCCUACAGAUUCCACUUUUGUUGGGGUGUUAGCUUGUUGUGCUCAUUCUGGUUUGGUUGAUAGAGGACGGGAGCUGUUUGCUUCUAUGAGCCAAAAGUUUCAGCUUUCACCAAAGCCAGAGCAUUAUGGUUGUGUUAUUGAUCUUCUUGGACGGUGUGGGAAUGUGAGGGAAGCUCAUGAGUUGAUUAGCAGCAUGCCAAUGAAACCAAGUGCUGCUUUAUGGGGCGCUUUGCUCAGUGCCUGCCGCACUCAUGGUGAUAGGGAAGUUGCCGAAAUUGCGGCGAAAGAGCUCGUUAGGCUUGAACCAUGGAACUCUGGGAAUUAUGUGUUGUUGUCCAAUAUUUAUGCAGAGGAAGGGAGGUGGGAUGAGGUUGAGAAAGUGAGAAUGUUGAUGAGGGGUGGUGGUGUCAAGAAAGUUCAGGGGCAGAGUGCAACCGGGUAGUUUGCAUUGCAGGAAUCCGGGUUUUGUUGAGAAAUGACUUUGCCACUGAGUUGCCACCUACAGAAGGAAUAUGGUGCACUAUGUUUACUGAAACAAGUAAUGCAUGGGCAUUAAAGGAUGGCACAAAUCUUGUUUGAGUAUUCUAAAAGAACAAUUAGAGUGCUAUCCUGUUAGAGGAGUAAUUCCUGAUCAAAUAUCCAAUCUGUUUUGUUUGAGUUGAUUGUAGGAGGUCUGACAAAAUAGAAAGUCAUUCCUUCAAACAUUGCCCUCUUGACUGAGCUGGAUACUGACUAGGUGU